AGGAAAUUCAUCUUAUUUCAAUGUCAAUUCGAUCGGCGUUUCUUGUACUUUAGACGGCUUUCUAUGUCUGACGAGUCUGACGAAUACAUCGAGUCAGGAACUCCGGAGCUGGAAGUCACUUUCGAUGGCGGCGAAAAGGUUUCCCUUGGAAACGAACUAUCUCCUUCAUUUACAUCUUCUGAACCGACGCUAAACUGGGACGCGUCCCCUGGACAACGUUAUACCGUCAUUAUGGUAGAUCCUGACGCGCCAUCUCGUAAGAGACCGUCGCUUCGCGAUUAUCUGCACUGGAUGGUAGUAGACGUUCACGGAAGUGAUGUGGAACACGGCAAGGAGCUUGUGUCGUACAUGGGACCAGCUCCACCCUCAGGAACAGGUUUGCAUCGUUACUACUUCCUCGUCUAUAAACAGACAAAAUCGGUUAGGUUCAAAAAGAAAGGCAGAGCUAACUUCGACACCCACGAGUUUCUCAAGGAAAACGGUUUGGGCCGCCCAGCAGCGGGAAACUAUUUCCAGGCCAGGAACUGAAGCCAAUAGCCACUUCUCGUGCAACUGCAUACAUCCAGUAUCAUUUUUCUGGUUUAUAAAUCUUUAGGAUGAACAUUUGGAUGCGACUUUGUGACACGUAUGGUUUUUUAGGGAUGCCGGCGAUCCAUCUAUUAUCUUUGAGAGCUGCAAUUAUUAUAUAGCAGAAAUGUCAUGCAUUUCUAAAUGACC